AUGGCACCAAAUAAGUCGAAAACAAGACCACCGAAGUCAGAGGCUAUUGCCGUGCGCUUUGCUGACAAGGCGACGUUUGCUGAUGUCCUGAGGCGAAUGAAGGAGAAAGUGGGUGCCGGUGCUCAAGGGGUGAAAGCUAUGAGACAGACGCGUGCAGGAAAUCUUCUUUUGGAAUUUUCCCAGACUGCGGAUGUCGAAGGAUUCCGACAGAAAAUUGAAGGCUCUCUGGGCGAUGAUGUGCAGGUCUCAAGACUCCAACCACGUGCGGACAUUGAAAUAAGAGUGAUUGACCCUUCUGUGGAGGUGGAAGAAGUUAUCGCAGCGAUAGUAAGCGAAACAUCAGCGGUACCUGUUGAUAUCAAAUGCCGCGUUUUAAGAGUUGACCAGAGGAUGAAUAAGGUCGCGGUUAUUGAAGGACCUACGGUGAGAUUAAAUACCCUAAUUAGAAAGGGAAAAAUAAGGCUGGGGUGGACUAUUGCCUCAGUCCGCGAGAUCCCCAGGGUGGUACGGUGCUAUAAGUGCCACGGUAUCGGUCAUAUAGCCGUUAGGUGCGUCGAGUUCAAGAGCGACAAGGGAGUGUGCGGAAAGUGUGGUGGCCAGGAUCACCAGAUGAGAGAUUGCACGGCUACGCCUAAGUGCCGACUAUGUGUGAGGAAGGGACUCUCGGAGGAGGAGUCUAAACACGUGGCGGCAUCUAUUCGAUGUCCCAUGUGCAGGGCUGCCCAUGAGCUCCUACUUAAGUCAGCGGAAGACCUGGAAGUCGACAUCGUUGCAAUUUCAGAACCAAACAGGGCCGGAAAUGGCUGGUUCGUAGAUUGUGGAAUGGAUGCCUGCAUUUGGGUUACCCCGCGGGGCGAAAAGAAGUUCAAGGUCGUGAGAGCCCUCGACAAAGGGCCGGGGUACAUAGCAAUUAGGGUAGAUGACUAUACGGUCUUCAGCUGUUAUUACUCCCCUAACUUGGAGUCCAAUUGCUUGGACGAACAACUGACCGAACUGGAGGCUGCAAUUAGAAGAACUAGGUCGGGCAAGGUCAUCGUGCUAGGCGAUUUUAAUAGCAGAUCCCCCUUGUGGGGCAGCGAUAGGUCGUGUUCAAGAGGCAAGAUCUUUCAGGGUGACCGUGUUCACUGCAAUCGUCUUCCAGAAUUAGACGCCAUUGGACCCGUAAAUUGCCACAGUUUUAUACGCAGAUUCCUUGCCAGGUGGGGAGACGCGGUGUCACCGGCAACCCCUAAAACAACUGAGGACGUGGAGGGAUUUAUCCAGGAGCUGGAGGUAGUAGUAGAGUCAAGUAGGAGCCGCACGAAAGGACCUUUGGCAAACAAAACACGUGUCCCGUGGUGGACGCAAGAGAUUGCGGAAUUGCGGAAGCAGGCCCAUAGUAAAAGGAGAGCACUCGCAAGGGUAAGGAAAAGCAAGGCGGAGGAGGAGGUACUACGUGCAGCCCAGGAGUAUAAAAUAGCUAAACAUCGACUCAACUGGGAGAUCAGGAAGGCGAAGAGGGAAGAUUGGAAGAGAUUAAUGGACACGGUAGAUAAGGAUACGUGGGGCCAACCAUAUAAGGCCGUCCUACAAUCAAUAAAACCUAGAAAGGUACUGACCAAGUUGGACACGGAGGAGAUGGAGGCGGUUAUCCACAAACUUUUCGUCACUAGUGCUGGUGAGGAGACUGCUGAUGAUGUAGUAGUUGAUGAAGGUCCCACGAGGAUGACGCCGUCGGGAGAUGACCUGAACCUGGAAAAAGAAAAAGAAGAUGAGGAUGUUAUUACAGCAAGGGAUGUAACCCUGGCCUGUGCUAGGGCGAACCCGAAGAAGGCAUCGGGUCCAGAUGGUGUGCCCGCGGGUGCCCUUAAAACUUUGGGCGCGAAGGCCAGUAAGUACCUAGCUGCUAUUUUUAAUGUGUGUUACAGAGAGGGAUACUGGCCGCGGGCAUGGAAAACAGGGCGGUUAGUAUUACUACCUAAACCGAAUAAGGAAGGCAUGACAACGACCACUCAGGAGUAUAGGCCACUGAGCAUUAUGUCGAACCUGAAUAAAGUAUUCGAGUACAUAAUAAAAAAGAAAAUAGCAAAGGCUCUACAAUUGUGUGAUCUGGCGGAAAACCAAUACGGCUUCCGUCAAGGUCGCAGUACAAUACAUGCGAUUUCAGAGGUUAUGGCGCACUGGGACUUGGCGAAAAGAGAAAGAAGACACUGUCUCCUUAUAUUAGUCGAUGUUAAGAACGCGUUUAACACGCAUAGAUGGGCCAGUGUGCAUAGGGAGAUAAAGAAACGAGGGUUUCCCCCCGGCUCAGGGCCUUGA